UUUUUUGCCUUUGGUAUAGAAAAAAAAUCUUGUUUGUAAUUUAAGAAUCAAGGAAAAAAAUUUUAAUAAAUUAAAUAUUUAAUAAAAUAUGAAGUGAAAAGUGAGCUUUUAAAAUUUUAUUAUAAAUUAAUAUUUGAAAAAAUUAAAAUUUUAUGUAUGUGUAUAAAGGAUAAAAUUCGGUUUUUUCGCGUCAAGAAAGUUCAUAUACAAUAUCUUGGAUUAAUGGAAAAUGGAAAAUAAUUUUAAAAGAAUUUUAAGAAUGCCUAAUAGUUUGGCAAUUUAUUUGUUUGCAGUUAGUUUUUUGUGCAUAAUUUCGUUUGGAUAUACACAGCAGAAUGAAGGUCAUUGUAUAUGGUUUGGUGUUUGUAAUGAUAGUGGAGGGAAAAAGCAAUAUUGUGAGUAUAAUGGAACUGCUAAGGCAUUACCAGAAGCUGGAGUAAAACUUUUACAAGAAAGAUGUCCUCAUCUAAUUAAUAAAAAUGGUCCUACAAAAGUUUGUUGUGAUACUGAACAAAUACAUAUUUUAAAUGACAAUGUUGAUUUAGCAGGAAAUUUUUUGGAACGAUGUCCUUCUUGUAUCGGAAAUUUAGUGAGACACAUAUGUGAUUUCACAUGCAUUCCAACUCAAUCACAAUUCAUGGAAGUUGUUAAAACAAAGAAUACUACUAUUGAAGAAGUAAAUGUUCAUUUAACAACAAGAUACUUAGAAAGAACAUAUUAUUCAUGUUCAAGGGUAACAUCACCAUCAACUGGAAAAUUAGCCUUGGAUAUUAUGUGUGGUGAUUAUGGUGCCUCCCGUUGUAGUCCAACAAAAUGGUUUCACUUUAUGGGGGAUACUGAUUUAAAUCCAUUUGUACCAUUUCAAAUUAACUAUAUAGCACACGCUCCAAAUAGUACAGAUGAUAAAACUAUUAUUCCACAUGAUCCUCCAACAGUACCAUGUAAUAAAGCAUUAAAUAUUAAGAAACAAGCCUGUGCUUGUAUAGAUUGUGAAGAAUCAUGUCCAAAACCACCACCUGAACCACCCAAACCAGAACCAUUUAGGUUCGCUGGAUUCGAUACGUAUACACUAAUCAUGGUUGUAGUAUUCUUAAUUGGCACACUUCUAUUUUUAAUGGGUGUUUGUUUGUUCCCAUCAAAGCCUGAAGACAGCGCGCUUAUUAACGAUUUUGAUGAAAAUCAUCUACAAGGAAGGGUUAGUCGCCGUUUAACAGCUAAUAGAAGUUUUGAAAUUGAUGCAGAACAGGAAGAUUCACCUUUACAAGCGAAUAGAGCCAACAUUUCGGCCGAUUCACGUACUAAUGAUGUUCAAAUGGACACCAUUGAUGGAAUUGAUGUUGAAGAGCUUGGUUAUUUUGAAAAAUUAGGUGCUAAUACAGAAAGUUUUUUAGAAAGUUUUUUCGAAAAAUGGGGAACAUUCUUUGCAACAUUCCCAAAAUCAACAUUAUUAGCUGGAGCUAUUAUUGUCAUUAUAUUUAGUACGGGUAUAAAAUAUUUGAAAAUAACAACAGAUCCAGUAGAACUUUGGGCAUCACCGUCAUCUAGAUCGAGAACUGAAAGAGAAUACUUUGACACAAAGUUUAGUCCGUUCUUCAGAGUAGAGCAGAUAAUAAUAAACGCAGUUGAUUUACCAAUUAUAACUCACAACACUUCUAAUGGAGCUCUAACUUUCGGGCCGGUAUUUGAUAAAAAUUUCUUAUUACAAGUUUAUGACCUGCAACAGUCUAUAAUGAAAAUCGGGGCCGACACUGGUAAUACAAUUGAAAAAAUAUGUUACGCUCCUUUAAUAUCCCCAUUUACGGAUCCAGUAGCACCGGAAAAUUGUGUUAUUCAAUCAAUUUGGGGCUAUUUUCAAGAUGAUUUGGACAAUUUUAAUUACACUGAUGAUGAGAAUGGAUUUCAAGUGAAUUACUUAGACACACUUAAUAAGUGCUUUGGAAAUGCUUACAACCCCGAUUGUUUGGGUGCGUACGGCGGGCCCAUAGAUCCAGCUAUAGCUUUAGGAGGUUUUCUAGAAAAAGGGGAACAACUUUCUGGCACAACUGAUUAUAAGAAAGCAACAGCUGUUAUAUUGACAUUCUUGGUUAAUAAUCAUCAUGACAAAAAUGAGAUAGGGAGCGCUUUAGAGUGGGAAAGUAAAUAUGUGGAAUUCAUGGAAGAUUAUAUAAAACAUAACAAAAGUGCAAACAUGAACAUUGCAUUCACAUCAGAACGAUCCAUUGAAGAUGAAUUAAAUAGAGAAUCGCAAUCAGACGUAUCAACAAUUCUAGUUUCGUAUUUAAUAAUGUUUGCAUAUAUAGCUAUAUCUCUUGGACAUGUUGAACAUCGAAGUAGAAUAUUUAUAGAUAGUAAAAUUACAUUGGGUGUUGGUGGGGUUGUUAUUGUUUUGACAUCAGUAAUAUCAUCGGUUGGUAUAUUUGGUUACGCAGGCGUACCAGCGACGUUAAUUAUAGUGGAAGUUAUACCGUUUCUUGUAUUGGCUGUAGGUGUUGAUAAUAUUUUUAUUUUGGUACAAACUUAUCAGAGAGAUGUUAGAAAGCCUAACGAAUCGCAUGAAGAACACAUUGGAAGGAUAUUAGGUAGAGUUGGGCCCUCCAUGUUAUUAACAUCAGUUAGCGAAAGUUGUUGUUUUUUCUUGGGUAGCUUGUCAGAUAUGCCAGCAGUGAAAGCAUUUGCUUUAUAUGCUGGUAUGGCGUUAUUAAUAGACUUUUUGUUACAAAUAACGUGUUUUGUUAGUUUAUUGACGUUGGAUACAAAGCGUCAAUAUGAAAAUCGUUAUGAUGUUUGUUGUUUUAUUCAAGGAAAGAAAGUGGAUACUGGGAUUCAAAGUGAAGGUUUACUAUUCAAAUUUUUCAAAUCUAUAUAUGUGCCUUUCUUAAUGAAGAAAUUUACUCGGGCUGCUGUUAUGAUAAUAUUCUUCGGCUGGCUAUGUUCAAGUAUAGCGAUAGCUCCUAAAAUUGAUAUUGGACUAAAUCAAGAACUUUCAAUGCCUGAGGAUAGCUUUGUUUUAACAUAUUUCAAAGCUUUGCAAGAAUAUUUAAGUAUCGGUCCUCCGAUGUAUUUUGUAUUAAAAGCCGGACUAAAUUUUUCAAAUACAGAACAUGCAAAUAUGGUUUGCAGUGGGCAAUAUUGUAAUAUUGACAGCUUACUUUCGCAAGUGUAUGUCGCUAGCAAGAGGCCAAAUGUUUCUUAUAUAGCACGGCCAGCAUCUAGUUGGAUUGACGAUUAUUACGAUUGGAGUGCUGCCAAAUCCUGUUGCAGAUAUUUUAAAAGUAACGAUAGCUUUUGUCCCCAUACAAAUAGCGCCUGUGAACCUUGUAAUAUUAAGAAGAAUGAAAUGAAUAGACCUAUUGCAACCGAGUUUGAAAAGUAUAUUCCAUACUUUUUACUCGACAAUCCAGAUGAACGUUGCGCAAAAGGUGGUCAUCCAUCUUAUGCCACUGGUGUUAAAUUCAAAGAAGAUCCGAAUACGAGGUUGUCUAUAGUGAAAUCAUCCUACUUUAUGUCAUACCAUACGAUAUUAAAAACAUCAUCUGACUAUUAUGAGGCAUUAAGGUCAGCAAGAAAAAUUAGUUCAAAUAUUACACAUACUAUUCAAACUAAUUUAUUGAAAAAGGGAGUUGAUCCACAAACAGUCCAACAAAUUGAAGUAUUUCCAUAUUCAGUAUUUUAUGUAUUUUACGAACAAUAUUUAACGAUGUGGCCAGAUACGUUACAAAGCAUGGGAAUUUCCGUAUUAGCAAUAUUUAUUGUUACAUUUAUAUUGAUGGGAUUUGAUAUACAUUCAUCAUUGGUUGUUGUUAUUACUAUUACCAUGAUUGUAAUAAAUUUAGGUGGUUUAAUGUAUUAUUGGAAUAUAUCUUUGAAUGCUGUAUCAUUGGUUAAUCUUGUAAUGGCUGUGGGUAUAUCAGUUGAAUUUUGCAGUCACUUGGUUCAUAGUUUUGGAGUUUCUAUGGAAACUUCAAGAAUAAAAAGAGCUGAAGAUUCACUUGCAAAAAUGGGUAGUUCUAUAUUUUCUGGUAUAACAUUAACGAAAUUCGGUGGAAUCUUAGUACUUGCAUUCGCAAAGAGUCAAAUCUUCCAAGUAUUUUAUUUUAGAAUGUACCUUGGAAUAGUUCUAUUUGGUGCAGCUCACGGCUUAAUAUUCUUACCAGUUUUAUUAAGCUAUAUAGGUGCACCAGUUAAUAAAGCUAAACUUGCAAGAGCUCAUCGACGAGAAUUAGAAAUGAGAGAAACUUCUGUUUCAACGUCGUGAUGUCUACCAUGUAAUAAAAAGCCGACGGAUGUUAUCCAUGAUGAAAUAGAACAUAACAAAAGAACCAAUUAUCAACUAUGUAGGAAUUUUAUACGUCAUAUGUAUCCUACUAAAGUUUAAAUUGUAAAAUUGUAUUUUAAUUUUUCGUAAAAGAAAAGCUAAAAACUGGUGUCGGAAUUGAAAUAUUUAUGAAUGUGAAUAAUUUUUAAGUUAGCUUCUGAGUUAUUUUGCUUUUUAUCUUUAAUAAAAUGAAGAUAGUAUCAUACCAAUAGUUAUAAGAAUUUUUAUAAAUGUACAUGUGAAAAUUGUUUAUUUAAAUAAAAUAAAAAGAAAAAAGGAAAAAAAAAAAAUUUAAUGUGUUAGAAAAUAAUACAUCCUAUAUACUUAAGUAAUUACUAGUUAUAUAAUACAAAUAAAAAGAAAAAUUAUGAAUAAUUUUCAUAUAUGUAGAUACAUAUUUAUAAAUAUAAAUUUAGAUUUUAAAAAUAAAUGUAAUUAUAUUUCUUGAAGAUAAAGAAAAAUUAUAAGAAAUUCUAAUUAAAUAUAGGUUUGUAUAUUAACAAUAGUAAAUAAUAUAUUAUAUAAAAAAACAGUUUCUCACACAAAAUGAAAUUUAAAAAGGAAAGGUUAAAACAAAAAAAGCAUAUAGAUUAGCUUAGUUUAAUAAUAAAUUAAAUAUAAAAUUAUAUGUAGAUAUAGAAAAUAUGUUUUUAGUAAAAGAAAAACAAAUUAAAACUAAAAAACACUUAAGAUAUUAAAUUUAAAGAAAAAAAAAAUGCUAUUUUUAAUUUAAAACAAAUUUUUUUAUGCAAUUUUUAAAAUGAUUGUAUGGAAAAAAUAAAUUGUUAUAUAUUUUUCUUGAAAAUGAUGUUUAACCUUAAAUGUAUUAUUGUAAAUUACUUUAAAUCAAAAAAGGUAUUUAAAAAAAGUAUAAAUUAAAAAAACAAAAUAAAGAAAUGAUCGAUUAUAUGUUCAAGACUACUUUAACUUGGACAUGGAUGAGGCCUUUUAAAACUUUACUAUAACAUUUAUAAAAAAAAAUUUCAAAUGUGAAUAAAUAAAUAUAAUUACUCUAUAUAUAAAAUAGUUUUAUUUUUCGUCAAUAAUAAAAAUUAUAAUUAAGUAUAUAAAAUAUGUUCAUGUGUGAAUUUCGCUUCAAGAAACUAGUAAUUAAAAGUAAAUUGAACUUCUUUGCCUUAGUGUAGUGGAUUGUGGUAAUAACUGCU